AUGUAUCCCUGGAGAGCCAUGUACAAGUGGAAAUAUGCUACACCAAAAAGUCGGAUUGAAAGGAAAAAUAAAGAGAAGGUUCCUGCUACUAUAUCAAAGCCAGUUGGUAGUGAUAAGAAUGGAGGAACCCAUGUGGUAAAGAUUCACAAAAUGCCUCGAUAUUACCCUACUGAGGAUGUGCCUAGAAAGCUGCUAAGUCACGGCAAGAAGCCCUUCAGCCAGCAUGUGAGGAGAUUUCGAGCUAACUUCAAGUCAGGCACUGUUUUGAUCAUGCUCACUGGCCACCACAGGGGCAAGAGAGAGGUUUUCCUGAAGCAGCUGACUAGUGGCUUGCUACUGGUGACUGGACCUCUGAAUAUCAACCAUGUUCCUCUGAGAGGGACCCAUCAGAAAUUUGUCAUUGCCACCUCUACCAGGUUUAACCUUUUAGGUAUAAAAUUCCAAAUCAUCUUACUGAUGCUUACUUCAAAAAGAGGCUCCGUAAACCUAGCCACCAUGAAGGAGAGAUUUUUGACACAGAAAAAGAGAAUAUUAGAUUACAGAGCAGUGCAAAUGUGA